AUAAAACGAGGGAGUGACUACAUAUAUACAUACACGAAUACAAGUGAAAGAAGAAUCCAAUACAUAAUAACUCAACUCUUUCACAAAUUAAGUUGAAAAAAAGAAAAGAAAAGAAAAGAUCAUGAGUUUGGAUGCUGUGGACUACAAGGGGUUCCCUGCUGAUAAAUCUAAAACUGGUGGUUGGGUACCUGCUACUCUUAUCUUAGGGAUUGAAAUAGUUGAAAGGCUUUCAACGAUGGGAAUAGCAGUAAAUCUGGUGACAUACUUAGGUGGUACCAUGCAUUUGGCUAGUUCAAACUCAGCCAAUAUUGUAACAGAUUUCAUGGGCACCUCCUUUCUCCUCUGCCUGCUUGGAGGCUUUCUUGCUGACUCUUUUCUCGGCAGAUACAAAACUAUUGCACUAUUUGCUCUUAUACAGACACUGGGAACUGGGAUGUUAACAGUGGCCACCACCCUGCCCCAACUGCGACCCCCUCCAUGCAAUCUCAAUUGCCAACCAGCGAAUGGUUUUCAAAUGGGAAUACUGUACUUAGCUUUAUAUCUAAUAGCGUUGGGUACUGGUGGCUUAAAAUCUAGUGUCUCAGUAUUCGGAACCGACCAAUUUGAUGAGAAAGAUGACAAGGAAAAAGCACAAAUGACAUAUUUCUUCAACAGAUUCUUCUUCUUCAUCAGCUUAGGAACUUUGACAGCAGUUACAGUGCUUGUUUACAUCCAAGAUGAAGUUGGAAGGAUUUGGGCAUAUGGUGUUUGUUCACUAUCCAUGUUCAUUGCCAUCAUAAUAUUCCUUCUCGGUUCUAAAAGGUACCGUUACAAGAAAAGUGCAGGAAGUCCCAUUGUCCACAUUUUUCAAGUCAUUGUUGCUGCUAUAAGGAAGAGGAAAUUGGAUCUCCCAUAUGAUGCUGCCAUGCUUUACGAGAGUACGUCUACUCCAGAGGCUAGCAGAAUCCAACACACACAAGAAUUUAGAAUAUUGGACAAGGCUGCUAUCGUAACUGAAGGAGAUUUCGAGGAGCAUGCAUCAUGCUCUGCUCCAAAUCCAUGGAAGCUUAGCUCAGUGACCAGGGUUGAGGAAGUGAAAAUGAUGGCAAAGUUGCUCCCAAUUUGGGCCACCACUAUAAUAUUCUGGACCACCUACGCACAAAUGAUUACAUUUUCUGUUGAACAAGCUUCUACCAUGGAAAGAACAAUUGGCAACUUCCAAAUUCCAGCUGGAUCUCUCACUGUCUUCUUUGUCGCAGCCAUCUUAAUCACCUUGGCUCUUUACGACCGAAUUAUCAUGCCACUUUGGAAGAAAUGGAAAGGAAAACCAGGUUUUACAAACCUACAAAGAAUUGCCAUUGGCCUUGUUUUAUCAGUAAUAGGAAUGGCAGCAGCUGCACUAGCAGAGCAGAAAAGAUUGACGGUUGCAAAAUCAGCGGGGCGCAACACUUCAACUUUGCCAAUUAGUGUAUUCCUGUUGAUCCCACAGUUCUUCUUUGUAGGAGCUGGGGAAGCCUUCAUAUACACCGGACAACUCGAUUUCUUUAUAACACAAUCACCCAAAGGGAUGAAGACAAUGAGUACUGGCCUUUUCUUGACAACCCUUUCACUUGGUUUUUUCAUUAGCAGCUUCUUAGUCUCCGUUAUCAAGAAGGCGACCAAAACCAAUGCUACAGCUCAAGGCUGGCUUGCAGACAAUAUUAAUUAUGGAAGGCUAGACUUGUUCUAUUGGCUUCUUGCUGCCUUAGGAGUCAUAAACUUUGCCAUCUAUCUAAAUUCUGCAACUUGGUACAAACCAAGGAAACCUAAAUCUCCCAUACCCAAUGGAUAUGGAGCUCAAGACAAGUGCUAGAAUAUAGCUAAGUACUGCCAAUGUAGCUAACAUAUUAUAUACUAUGUUUUUCAAGUUGCCCUAUAUAAAUUUAUUAGUUUCACGAAUACCAAAUCGUGUAAGGUAUGAUCCUGUAAAAUAAUAUCAAUAUAAUGAAACCCAUGUUUAAUUUGAGAGGACAAUAAAUAAUGAAGUUUAAGUUUUGCGGAUGAUCAA